AUGUCGGUAUCGCCACUUCCCCGCCAACAUGCACAUACCAGUCUCGGAGCACCCAACAGCAGUCUUCGUACUCGGAUUCCAAAGGCUACUGUAACCCAUAGGUCACCCAGCAGAGCUGGACUAAACAAGGAGCUGGGUGCCCAACUCACCCGCUCCCGUAGCACAUCGCCUCGACCGGCGCCCCUUACUUACAACUCGCCCCCUGCUCGCAACCGGGAGAGCAUUGUUGCAUCCGAGGACAGCCAUGGCCAGACCAUCUUUCUCAACCGCUUGCCUCCGCGUGUGUCGAGCUUGUCUCGUCCACCAACUCGCCAGGACAUUCCGUCGUCGCCGGACGACCCGCUCUUCUAUCAGCCGCCUCAACCGACCUAUCCCUUGCCACACUCCCGCUCGGUCAAGAAACAACGCGAGUCUAUGGUAACUCAAAGUUCGGGUCAGACUAUGUCAUCACUCUACCCUGCCUCAAGUUCCUCUCAGACUGGCCCAGACUCUCCUCCGUCGCCUUCGACACCAUCUGCCCACUCCUCGGUUGAUCCCGUCCAGACUCCAGGAUUUGCCGUAGACGCCGACGAUGUUUCCUACCGACUUCGUCUGCUCGUGCGCAAUAACUAUUUCCUUCCACCAGCCCACUCCAAGCCAAACCAAUCAGAGCUAUCCUUGCUUUCGCCUAUUCCUCCGGCAGUGGUCACUAAAAUGCCAUCACCUACUUUUCGGGAUCUUUUCCGUGUCGGUAGACCUCGUACUCCGAGCAAGGCAGCUCCCGAGUCACCAAAGAAUACCAAGGCACCUCCCUUACCAACUCCCACCGCAAGGCCUCCGGCUCCAACAAGGACAGUGACAUGCCCAUCUGCAAUGUCGACUGUCCCUUCGCUUCGGGAGAAAGAACGACGCGGUCGUGUGCUCGUCAUACGAGAGCGGAUUGAUGACCUGGUUACGGCUGCCAAUUCGGCAGAAAUUGACAUGCGGGCGCGCGAAGAAGACCGACGGCGCAGGGAACCACCACACGCGAACUCGCGCCCGGCAGUGAUAGACGUAAUAGAUCCAACAGAGACGGUUGACCUCCCCGCGUAUCAGUUCCCGGUUCAGUCCUCAUCCGCACCGUUUGGUGGGUUGGCCCCUGAUAGCAGUGUUGGCGCAGCAACAUUGGCGGACGCCCUACCACCCCGGACAGAAGAUGCAGAAGAUGAAGCCUGGAGGAAAGCUCUUCUACACAAGGCUGUCGGGUUAAGCAUGUUGUCCAUUCCCGAUCCGACUCCCCCAGCCAGUCAACGUUCGGCAUCUGCUUCGCCCCGUCCAACCAUAUGCACGCGCCCGGGUCCAAGCCCGAGUCCCGGAUCUUCUGGCUCGCGAUCAGCUUCGAGUUCGGCGCUUCCCAGUCCCGCUGCCCCUCCCAUUGGUCGGGCGAUCGUUCCAGGUUCGCGACUUAGCGCUCUUCCUCCUACGAGCCCCAAGCCUAGUUCGGGUAUUCGCUCUCCUGGAUUUGCGACUCGCUCGCCGGUGUCCAAGGCCCGCGAGCUCCCCAUUGGAUCAGGUUCGUCGCCGACGAUGUCACUGCCACCACCUCCACGGGCCCGAACAGCAAGCAAGACCUCACUGUCACCGGCAAGCGCAAGCAAACCCCUUUCACCAGCGUUGAGCCCCAAGUCUCUUUCUCCCGCAUCACUCUCACCCUCUUCACCCGUCAAAUCACCAUCAAAGCUUGGAGGCCGUCCGUCAGAGGGAAAUGUGGGGAAACCGUCGAUGCUACCUGUUCCAAAGCAUACCGUCCGAAGAGCGUUGUCAACUCCUAUGAUCGCACAAAAAGUAGGGACGGCCGCGUCGAAUGCAGUACCGUCUUUGCCUAGCGGAUCUACCACCAAGCCAGGGCUGAAGCCGUCAACCGGACAUUUGUCGAGGAGUACGACGCCAACCAAAGCGCCCAGGGCUAUCACGCCUAUAGCAGGAAGUAGGGUGCCAACGCCAUCCUCGAAGACCAAGCGAAGACCAAGCAGAAGACCAAGCCACUAUCCGUCUCGAGGACGGGAUCGCCGACUGCAUCCCGAUCUAUGA